UUCUUACGUGCGUUAUGCAUUCACCAAUCUGAUUAAUUUUUCUUCAUUACUUGCAAAAUUCGUUAAGAGUUUUUUUUUUGAGUGUCAAGCAAUUUUAAAAUGUGAAAGUGCUUUCGGUUUAUGAUAGUGUUUUGUUGCUUAAGGAUCCUCUGACGAUCUUUUACUGAUGAGUUUUUUGUGCCACCAAUUUUUCUUCUUGGAUUAAUUUUAACUUCCACUGACCUUAGAUUCACCGGGAUAGGAAUCCCCAACGAACUUGGAUUAGAUCGGAUUAAACAGAUUAGUUCUGUUACAGAUUCCGGAAUUAAAUUGGUUUAGAUGAAUAGAGAUUUUUGUAACCGAAAAUGUUGCCUCGGGAGUCUGCGAAUUUUUCCAUUCUCAAAGUUCUAACUUGAUGGAUCCUGGAUUUGAGAGCUCCUAUCAUGUCACGUCUUUUGGAUAACAAUAAUGUACAACAGUUUUAUUUUGGAACAAUUUUUAUUCAAAAGUAAUUUUUGAGAAAAAAAUUUCUUGGAUAUAAAUAAAAACAUUAUUGAAACAGAUUAAUGAGAUUUCUAAAUUUGUGUUUAACAUUUUAUCUGGCAAUUUUCUGCAAAAAAAGGAAGCGCAUCCUCCAAACAAAAUAGAGUUUACACUCUACUUUUGAGAUCUGAAAUUCGAAAUGGAAAUAGAAAAUUUAGGUGUCGCAGAUUUCUCCUGCGAGAGGUUGAAUGACAUCUCUCAGUUUCAUACACCACUCGAUAUACGAAACGCACCGAUUACUUCUGAUUCAGUGAUAACGGUGCUCUAGUCUAGUGUAUUUGAAUCGAUAAUAGGAAAUUUCAUAUGCAAAAGAUGACACAUGAGUUGAGAAACCCACCUCCUUUUCCAAAAAGUUUUUGAUGAUUAUAUUUGAGAAAAGGUGAAUCGGGCGACAAAAAGAGGUUUCGCAAAAAAAAUUGUACACAAAUUUCUAAUUGCAUUUCCUAGCGUGGCCAAGCCUUCGUUUCUCGAAAUGGGGUCGUUUCUCGAUAGAAAGGAUACGCAUGGGUCCUCCUCAGUAAGGUCGCAUUUUUCUCAUUAGCGCUAUUGUAUUUUACAUUUAGUGUAUAAGCGACUUCCAGAUAUACUCGGCUAUAUAUUUCUGCGUUUCCUGUGAGCGUUUAUAUGUGAAUCUGCCUUGGAAAGUCGUGCAGGUGCGUGAUCAGGGGAGCGCUCUAUUGAGUUUUACUUUGCUGCACUCUUUGAUUUUGGUUUCUCUGUGAUCUACAUUGGUUAAUUCAUCCACAUCAAAUUUGAAAUUGGAUUUAAAACGGGACGUGACUGGUAAAGGAAUUUUAAUGAAAAUAGAACAUAUCUGGGGCACACACUUAGAAACUUUACGGAAAAUUUGGGAGAUUAUACUCAAACUCUAUCUUGUUCUGAGCACUAAUCGGAAUAAAUGUCUCAUUGAAGCAAAGAAGGACAGGGAGAAGAUUAAAGAUCGAUUCGAAUGAUAAUAGCAGAUGGAAAAGGUAGUCGCGAUGACCGUCUCUCCGCCACUGCCGGCCAAGAACCAGACCCGAGACAUGAACAAGGCUCGCCAGCCUGUGUCAAUCCAGAGUGCUUCCACUCCUUCGUCUCUUCUUUCUGAGAAGGCUAAAGCAACGGUAUUCAUAGGUGGUAGCGCUCCUGUUGUGGAUUCCACUCCAAGCAGGAGCAAAGUCCCGGAAGUGCAAUCGGCGAACGGCCGCUGGCAGAAGACUAUCGAGAAUACUAAUCAUCAUCAGGAGCAGCAGGCUACACAUGUGGUAAAAAUAAGGAUUAACCCUAGUGAUAAAAACGGAAAAGUCAUAUCUACUGUGCGACUUAAUCUGGACAACAACCCUGUGACUGAAAUACAAGACGGUUACAAAGAUUCAGAAAAGAACGGUGACGGACAUUCAGGAAAGAACAGGUACGGAAAUCCAGGAAAGCAAAAUGGUAUUGUGGUGGUAUGUGCUACGAAAGAUCUGAUGAAGGAUUACGCGAGUGUCGAUAGUUGUGUGCGAAUAAAUGUUAACUGUAAGGAUGGUAUCAACGAAAAGGGGUCACUCCAUAAUCAGAAAGACGAUAUGGUUCAACGUGGUGUUAAUGAAGGACUCAAUUCGACCCUUGACAACGGUUCAACCAGUUUCUACUAUGGAUCAUUCCGGAGUUCGCUGGCAAUGGUCAUGACGAGCGGACAGUGUUCUCCGUCAGAUACCUUAGAUAGUGGAACCUGUAGUGAUUUGGACGGAACGCCGCCUCCACUCCCGAAAAAGAAUUCAAGUACAAUUAUUCUGGGUGGUGAUCAUAGGGCUUCCUCAGCAGCUCCAUGUUGCACACAUAAUAGAACCGGAAGCUUGGCGAACAUUGGAGCGGAGGCUGAGAGUGAUGACAAUUCGAGCUUAGUUCUUCUGGGUAGCGAACCUGCUGCUCAUCACGAAGCUGCUAAAGCUCCGUGUUACAAACACAUCCAUAACAGAACUGGAAGCUUGACGAGCAGUGGAGCGGAGGUUGAGAGCGAUGACAAUGAAAGUAACAUUAGUUGCGAUUCUCUCAAUGGUAGAGAGGUAGACGAUAUCCGGGUGAACGGGAAUAGUACGGACGUCGACCUGGCGAACUACUACUCCAAGGACACUCAAUCUGAGAGAAGGGCAAGCAAACCAAAAAAAUUAGAAAUUCUGGUGAAAGAUAACUCUUACCUCAGGACUAACUAUUUAGCUCCUCUCUCAAACUCAUUUACCAGAGUCUCGACAAUUUCUCCUAUUUCGGGAACUUCUGCCCUUUCUAAAGCCUCCACAACUUCGAGAGACCAAAGUCCAAACCUUGGGGAGAGUUCUACAGUGCCUUCAUCGCCAAUGGUAAAGGAGUACACCUACGAGGAGAGAAAACAGGAACAAGAGAGGUUCGAGAAGAAAUACGCGGAUACGAAUUACUAUGCCAACUACAACCGAAUGUUGGGCGCCAAAUAUGUUUACGACGACGACAGGUUUUACAAGUUUCACCUGAACGAGCGCUUUUGCGAUGAGAAGAAGACGUCAGAGUUGAAGGUGAACGGAGAGGGCGAGGGUGAGAGUGAUAAUAAGGAGAAUGAUGAAUAUUUUACCGGAUACAAGAUUCCGGAAAGAGAAGCCAUACGUAGUACUAAAGGGACCGUGCGAGGAGUUAAGAAUAGUGUGCGAGCUGGGAUCGCUACCUUCCUUCAGAAACCAUCGACCAAGGUUUGUUAA